AUGCCCUCUGCAGUAGCCAAAGCGUUGGGGUUAUCCUUGAUGAAAACUUUUGGCAGAUGUUAUUCAAUGGACUCUAAACAAAUACCCUUAUUAGGACAAAUUAAGGAUGCUCAAGUAGUUCUUGCUGAUCACCCGAAUAAAGGAAUCAAGAUGACUAUUCUAAUUGCAGAUAUUCCUGUCAGCUAUGGCAUGUUGCUAAGUUACACGUUCUGUAGAGACUUAGGAGGAGGAAGUGUAUCACAGCCAAAGGGAGACAAAAAUUUGUGGUUAAUGGAGUUUGAUGGAAGUUGUGCAGUGUCAGGUUUUGGUGCAGGGGUAGUGUUAAUUCUGCCUUCUGGUACUCAUAUCUCUUUUUAUUUUAAAGUGGAAUUCAAGAAUACAAACAAUAUGACCGAGUAUGAAGCCUUGUUAUUAGGUUUAGCUGAAGUUAAGAAAUUGGGAAUUAAGCUUCUUCGAGUCAAGGGAUAUGCAGAGUUGAUUGUGAAACAGGUCAAAGGAUUAUUCUAUGUAAAAAAUGAAAGACUAAAACACUACUGUAAUAGAGCUUGGGAUGAAAUCGAAGAUUUUGAUGCAUUUUCUAUUGAAGUUAUUCCUAGAGAAUAA